CUCGGGGCGAGCGGGCGGAGCCGGCGAGUGCGCGCGAUCGGGACCGGGCGGCGGCGGCGGCGGUGGCGGUGACGGCAGCCGGACCGGGAUGGAAGGUUAAGUCCUGAGCGCCGCCGGAGGGAGGCCGGGCUGGUCCCCGGCCCCCUGCCUCGGCCGCCGCGCGCCGGGCAGCCGGAUGAUCAGCUCUCUCUCUCUCUCUCUCUCUCUCUCUCUCUCUCUCUCUCUCUCUCCCUCUCUCCCUCUCUCUCUUUCUUUGGCGUUUGAAGGGAGCGCGGUGACCGUCCUUGAGUGCGGAGGGGCGAGCUCGCCGGCGGAGCGACCGAGCAAGAGGAGGCGCAGGAGCGGCGGCGCCCGAGCACCCGAGGGGGUCCGAGUCCAAGCGGCGGGCCAGCCGCGCGCCACAAAGGGAGCGCCCCCGCCGCCCGGCACGCCGCCUCCCUCCCCAAUGUCCUCGGCCAUCGAGAGGAAGAGCCUGGACCCGUCUGAGGAACCAGUGGAUGAAGUGCUGCAGAUCCCCCCUUCCCUGCUGACAUGUGGUGGCUGCCAGCAGAACAUAGGGGACCGCUACUUCCUGAAGGCCAUCGACCAGUACUGGCAUGAGGACUGCCUCAGCUGUGACCUCUGUGGAUGCCGGCUAGGAGAGGUGGGGCGGCGCCUCUACUACAAGCUGGGACGGAAGUUGUGCAGGAGAGACUAUCUCAGGCUUUUUGGUCAAGACGGUCUCUGUGCUUCCUGUGACAAGCGGAUCCGUGCCUAUGAGAUGACGAUGCGAGUGAAAGACAAAGUGUAUCACCUGGAGUGCUUCAAGUGUGCUGCCUGCCAGAAGCAUUUCUGUGUGGGUGACAGAUACCUUCUCAUCAACUCUGACAUAGUGUGUGAACAGGACAUCUACGAGUGGACUAAGAUCAAUGGAAUGAUCUAGGCCAGAGUCCCAGGCACCUUCAUGGAGGUGUUCAGUGAAGACACUGUCUCAGUGGGGUCUUCAUUCUUAGGCACUUUGGGAACCUGAGGGUGGGUGAGGCAUUUCUUAGGAAAUUCUUAACUCCCCCUGGGUACUAAGACAUAGCAUCCACAUGACAUAAUGCAAAGGCCGAGACUUCAGUGACAACAGGACCAGCCCUUAGAGAGACAAAUGGUCACAGUAGCUGACAAGAUUAGUGGAGGAAAUAUUUGGGAUCCAGCAUGCACUGUGCCAUCAUGGUAGGAUUUCCAGGAUAGGCAGUGUUGGGUAAAGACUAGGUAUGAUCUUGGUGUUCAUGGACUAGAGAUGUGCAAUUAAUUUCUUCCUAGCUUUGGUAACUAUCCUAUUCUAAUCACUGUCCUUCACACUAGGGAAGGAAAGAGAGAAGAGUAGCCAUUCUUUUUUUCUUGGUCACCUUCCCAUGGCCUAAAUCUCUGAAGCCAAGGGAAACUGCAUGGAGGUACAUUUCAGUUGGGAAUGAAAUACACAUCUUUCAACCAAACAAAUAUUUAAAGCAAUGUUGAUGAAUCACUGUUUUUAGACACCUUCAUUUUGAGGUGAGGCGUCCCACAGAUUGUUUCUAUACAAAUGUAAAUCUUAAAAAAAAAAGUCAAAGUUGUUCAACUAUUUUAUUAUCUUAGAUUAUAUCAAAGUAUUUGUUGUGUGUCAUUAAAAAAAACUCGAUUCUGAAGACUUAAUAAAAAUGGCAAGCUAAGAUGCA